GUUGUGUUUCAGCGAUUGGCUUACACGCGUCAUACUUUAAUUAGAUAAUUUUAUUUCCUUACUAUCUCUCCUUCUCCUCUCACAUACAUUAGUCAUAGAGAGUCAUCACCAGCUCCUCUGAUCAAAAUAAAAGAAAAAGCGUUUUCUCUUCUCUAUAGCUUUUCUCACAGUUACCCAAAAGUGUUAUAAUCCUUUUUUUUCUUUCUUUCUUUCUAAAAUCGGGCGGUGUGCACGCGAAACCUAAAUUUCGCUGGAUUUUAUUCGUUUUUGGAAACGGUGAGCUAUAAUGGCCGUAGAUUCGGCUGACCGGCGUGAAGUAAUCGUCAAACUCGACGGUGACAAAGGAAGCACCGGAGAGACUGUUGGAAGGAUUUGGCGAGACGGUAGUUACGAUUUCUGAACUGAUGGAGAAGGUAACCUCAACAAAGGCCAUAAUGCUGCCGCCGCGGGUGGUUCCGAUAGAUCCGCCUCCACGACGGAGGAGCUACAUGACGAAGGGUUUGAGUUUCGCCGCGGCGAAGAUCCUCCGACGAAGCUAAUUGGUCAGUUUCUCCAUAAACAGCAAGCCUCUGGUGAGAUUUGUCUUGAUAUGGACCUUAGUAUGGACGAGCUUCAGUCCAGAGGUUUGACUCCGGUAUCGGAAUCUCCGACGUCGGCGAAAGUGCCUCCUCCUACUACUACUAAACCUGACGCCGAGGCAAGACGAGACAGCCGUAGCAAUAAUAACAACGAUGGUGGAGGAGAAGUUGUCAAGUGUAGUGGAACCGCUCCGAUGCCGAGAAGCUCUAGCAAUUUGCUUAAGAUGCGGACUAGGUCACGGCUUUCGGAUCCACCGACGCCUCAGCUGCCUCCUCAACCGGCGGAUAUGAAAUCGGGUCGGAUUCCGAAAUCCGGGCAGAUGAAAUCAGGUUUUUUCGGUAAAAGCCCUAAAACUCAGGGGGAGGAAGAAGAGGAUGAUCCGUUUGCAGAGGAGGAUCUGCCGGAAGAGUACAGGAAAGAUAAGCUUAGUCUAUGGAUUGUAUUGGAAUGGUUGAGUUUGGUUUUGAUCAUUGCUGGGUUUGUUUGCACUCUUUCAAUACCUUUCUUGCAUGAGAAGAAACUCGCGGAUCUUGAUCUGUGGAAAUGGGAAUGUAUGGUUUUAGUGUUGAUCUGUGGUAGGUUAGUCUCUAGUUGGGUCGUUAAGAUUGCCGUCUUCUUCAUUGAAAGGAACUUUCUUCUCAGGAAAAGGGUUUUGUAUUUCGUCUACGGUGUCCGGAAAGCUGUGCAGAAUUGCUUAUGGUUAGGACUUGUUUUACUCGCUUGGCAUUUCUUGUUUGAUGAGAAAGUGGCUAAAGCAACAAAGACCAUGUCCCUGCGUGUUGUGACUAAGAUCUUUGUGUGUUUGUUGGUUGGGUUUUUGUUGUGGCUCGUGAAGACACUCUUGGUCAAAGUUCUUGCUUCCUCGUUCCAUAUGAGCACUUACUUUGACAGGAUUCAAGAGUCUUUGUUUACUCAGUACGUGAUUGAGACGCUCUCUGGUCCUCCUUUGAUUGAGAUCCAAAAAAACGAGGAAGAAGAAGAGAGAAUCAGUGUAGAGGUUAAGAAGUUUCAGAACCCUGGAGGUGUUGAGAUUCAGUCAGGGGCUCAGAAAAGUCCGAUGAAGACCGGGAAGAGCCCGUUGAUCUCUCGUAUUCUAUCUAAUGGAGGAGGAGCAGGAGGAGGAGGAGGAGGAGGAGACAACAAAGGGAUUACGAUCGAUAGCCUUCAUAAGCUGAAUCCCAAGAAUGUUUCAGCGUGGAAAAUGAAGAGGCUGAUGAAUAUAAUCCGGAAUGGAUCACUUACCACCUUGGAUGAACAGCUUCAAGAUCCAAACUUGGAUGAUGAGAAAGGGAACCAAAUCAGAAGUGAGUUUGAGGCAAAGCUUGCCGCAAGAAAGAUCUUUCAUAAUGUUGCUAAGCCAGGAUCAAAGUUCAUCUACGUGAACGACAUUAUGCGGUUUCUGCCAGAUAACGAAGCUUUGAAGACUUUAAGUCUCUUUGAAGGAGCAACUGAGACGAACAGGAUCAGCAAAUCAUCUCUUAAAAACUGGGUGGUGAAUGCUUUUAGAGAGAGAAGAGCUCUUGCAUUGACCUUGAACGACACGAAAACAGCAGUAAACAGGCUUCACAAGAUGGUGAAUAUCGUGGUUGGGAUCAUCAUAAUAGUUAUUUGGCUUAUCAUACUUGGAAUCACUUCCACCAAAUUCCUCGUAGUCAUGAGCUCGCAAGUCGUGGUUGUUGCAUUCAUAUUUGGGAACAUGUGCAAGAUAGUGUUCGAAUCCAUCAUCUACUUGUUUGUUAUACACCCGUUUGAUGUAGGCGAUCGAUGUGAAAUCGAUGGAGUCCAGAUGGUUGUGGAAGAGAUGAACAUAUUGACAACAGUUUUUUUGAGGUUUGAUAACCAGAAAGUCGUGUACCCGAACAGUCUUCUGUGGACUAAAUCCAUUGGAAACUAUUACCGUAGUCCUGAUAUGGGAGAUGGAAUCGAAUUCUCCAUCCACAUUACUACUCCAGCUGAGAAAAUCAUCCUCAUCAAACAUAGAAUCACAAGUUACAUUGAUGGGAAGAAGGAUCACUGGUAUCCGGCGCCGAUGAUAGUAUUCAAAGACAUGGAGUCAUUGAACAGUGUGAGGAUUGCAGUUUGGCCAACACAUCGAAUGAAUCAUCAAGACAUGGGAGAGAGAUGGGUUCGAAGAUCUCAGCUUGUUGAAGAGAUUGCCAAGAUUUGCAGAGAGCUUGACAUUGAGUAUCGAUUGUAUCCUCUUGACAUCAAUGUCAAAAACAUGCCCACUUCCACUGUUUUGCCAGUUUCAGACAGACUUCCACCUACAUGGACUGCUCCUGCUUCUAGCAGCAACUGAAACUAUAGAUGAAACGUUUUACAUGGUCUGGAUCAAGAGGAUGUGUUUUUUUCUCAUGUGUCUUUUUGAACUCUACGAAUUUAGAACUUAGGAAAAUGAUACUUGAUGAGAUUACUCGACAUCCGUGUAAUGUAUAAAUUUUGGUUCCUUUAAUCUGCAUAGUUGUCUGGAUCAA